AUCUACAAACCCAUUGCAUAUCUAAAACACCAAGAUGUUUGAUGUCUUUGGGUCCGUAAAGGGCCUGCUGAAGAUCGACCAGGUGUGCAUCGACAACAAUGUCUUUCGGAUGCACUACAAGGCCACGGUGAUCAUACUGAUCGCCUUCUCGCUGCUGGUGACCUCGCGCCAGUACAUCGGUGACCCCAUCGACUGCAUCGUGGACGAGAUCCCGCUGGGCGUGAUGGACACCUACUGCUGGAUCUACUCGACCUUCACCGUUCCGGAGCGGCUGACGGGCAUCACGGGCCGCGAUGUGGUGCAGCCCGGUGUGGGCUCCCAUGUGGAGGGCGAGGACGAGGUGAAGUACCACAAGUACUACCAGUGGGUCUGCUUCGUCCUCUUCUUCCAGGCCAUCCUCUUCUACGUGCCGCGCUAUCUGUGGAAGUCCUGGGAGGGCGGUCGCCUCAAGAUGCUGGUCAUGGACCUCAACAGCCCCAUUGUGAAUGACGAGUGCAAGAACGAUCGCAAGAAGAUCCUGGUGGACUACUUCAUUGGCAACCUGAAUCGCCACAACUUCUAUGCCUUCCGGUUCUUCGUCUGCGAGGCCCUCAACUUUGUGAACGUCAUCGGGCAGAUCUACUUCGUGGACUUCUUCCUGGACGGCGAGUUCAGCACCUACGGCAGCGAUGUCCUCAAGUUCACCGAACUGGAGCCCGACGAGCGCAUCGAUCCGAUGGCCCGGGUCUUCCCGAAGGUCACCAAGUGUACGUUCCACAAGUACGGUCCCUCCGGCAGCGUCCAGAAGUUCGACGGCCUGUGCGUGCUGCCCCUGAACAUUGUCAACGAGAAGAUCUACGUGUUCCUGUGGUUCUGGUUCAUCAUCCUGAGCAUUCUCUCCGGCAUUUCGCUGAUCUACCGGAUCUCCGUGGUGGCGGGACCCAAGCUCCGUCAUCUCCUGCUCCGCGCCCGUUCCCGUCUGGCCGAAAGCGAGGAGGUCGAGCUGGUGGCCAACAAGUGCAACAUCGGCGACUGGUUCCUGCUCUAUCAGCUGGGCAAGAACAUCGAUCCGCUUAUCUACAAGGAGGUGAUAUCGGACCUCUCCCGCGAAAUGGGCGGCGAUGAGCAUAGCGCCCACAAGCGGCCCUUCGACGCCUAAUCAGUGGGCGUGGCCGUGUGCCAGAGUGCCAUUUCACGCAGCCGAAAUUGGGUUAUGACGAUGAUAAGACGAUGUCGGAAAAUGGGGAAAUCUAUAUCGGAAAUAAGAAAUCAGAAACCAGAGAACAUAGGAAGCCGACAAUGUAGAUGAGGCCUUUCGAGCUAAUGACGAGCUAAUGAACACAUAUCAACGAAUUCCAUGGUAAAAAACAAAAAACAAGAUCGCAAGCAAUAACCGAUUUGUGUUUACUGUUUUGCAACAACAACAAGACACGUACAAUUACAAUAAAGUAACAAUAAUAAUAAUUAAUGAGUAACAAAUAACACAUACUAGCCGCCAGAGUUGUAAGCUUAAGAUGGAUUGGUUCCGGGGACUGGUUCCGAAUUUUUAUACGAUCCCAAGAGACAAUCAAAUUUUCCAUUUGCCAAAACCAGGAAACCGAUGAUCCAGCCAAUCCAUCGAUAGGCCCUUCGUUCUGGAAACCUUUGAAAGACAGGAGAAAAGACAUUUUCAAACUACAUAACAUAUAUAUUUUUGUGCAGCAGCAAAAGCAAAAGCAAACGAAUUGAGAUAUGAUAGAUCUAUAUACAUCCAUAUAUAUUUUUAAUAAGCAAUUACAUAUAUAUUUAUACAUAAAUAUACAGACGGACCGAAACGAAGCGAAAAUAUAAAAUAUAUAUAUUUAUGAAUGCCACAUGCGAGUAAUAUUUAUGCUAAGAGUUGUGAUCAUUGAUUAAGACAUCUAAAAAAUGCGAAAAAAAAUACAAAAAAAUGAAGACAAAAAACAAACAAAACAAUAAUUUACACUUAGUAAAGAAAAAACGCCAGCAUAAUAAUACAUACGUAUAUAUUUUAUUUCAAUUUUUACACUUUUAAUUUAGCAAUUUUCGCCAGCAAAUAUAAUAAUUAUAAUUCCUUUUUUUUUGCAUAUCUUUGGUAGCAUUUAUUUAGUUUAGCGCAAUUUUUUUUACACACACCCGAACUCAUCAAUAAAGAGAAGAGCAAAUAAAUUUAUAUUUAUAGUCGUAUAUAUUUUUGUAAAAUGCAAAUGCAACUGCGAGAAAUAUACAUUUAGCCUUAAGCGUGGAAACAUGGAAAGACAAACAAAAAGCAAAAAUGAAAGACUCAAAAGCAAUAUUUAAAAGCAAAAGCAAUCGAAAAUCAAAUGAAAGUGUUUGUAACUGUGUGAGCCAAGCCCUAAGCUAAGUUUCAAUUUCAAUUCCAUAUACUUAUAAAUACUUACAUUAAAUGAGAAUAAAACACCCAAAACAUGAUGAUCUUUUUUAUGAUUUAUGAUUUAUGAUUUACUGUUUGUACUCGAGCCGAACAACAUUUCAUUUCAUGCGAAAAUAAACAAUAAACAAGAAAAUAAAACAAGGAAAAUCGAAACAAA